AUGGCCUGGGACUUCUUUCCCCACUCGGACGUCGGCCCCGAGCUCGCGGGCUACGGCCUUCCUGCGAAAACCGAAGAGACUCGAAGGCAGAAGGCAGAGAUAGGGGAAGAGGUGAACCAGUGCAAGGAGGAGUGCCUCUGUCUCGGCUUCAGCGGCUUCGUCGUCCGGAGGGGCCAGGCCACCUUCAGGAGCAAAUGGAAAACACGGAAGAUCCCCCGCAAGAUUCUGAACCUUCUGAACUUAUGGACGGAGCCAUGGGCUUUUCGACCGCGGGGCUGCGACUUGUACGUCGCACCAGAGAGGGAGGUGCAAAGAGAUUGUGACGUGGUGGUGGCGUUUGGCGACUUAGCCUUCGAUUGCCAGGGCCAGUUCCUGCAAGCCAACUCUGGCUACUUCGCAGCCGCAAUGCGACACGAGUGGUCGGAUGGUCUCGGGGAGGGAAAGGAGGGCUCCAGGGUCUAUCGGUUCCAGGACUUCCCCGGGGACCGCCCUGCAUUCAGCCUGGCGAUGAGCUGGUUCGCGUGUCCAAGAGGCGUUGGGCCCCCUUGGCCUCUGAGCACCUGGCAAGACUUCUGCUUGGUCUUCGACGCCGCCGUCUACCUGGAUUCCUUGGCCUUGCUCCUGGUGGCUGCCAGAUCUUUCCGGCUUGCUGCUGGGCAAAGCUCUGAGCUUGAGCUCGCUGCGAAGCUCGCGGUAGCAGCAGGGCACUUCAGGCAAGAAGAGGUGGUCAGUGAGAUGCAGACUGCGCUGCGAGCCUUACCCAAACACCAGCUCCGCCUGAUGACGGAGCUGACGGAGACGCCGGCGGUGGGGCUGGCAGCCCUGGAGCUCUUCGAAUCCGCACCCGAGACCCUGGUUAGCCACCUCAAGACGGUGAAGACCUUCAUGGUCGGAGCUGGAGCCGACAACUCUUCCCCACACUCCUUCGCCGUGGAGCUCUUUCAGAGGCACGAGGCCCACUUCGGCGCGGAGCUGGUGGACUUGAGGCGCCUCCUGCGCCACGUGGACGCCGGGAAGCCGAUCGGGAGGCCUUUGGCCUUCCGCCUCGCGCGCCUCGCGCACGCGGCGGCCCAAGAGGAAGGCGCCGAGAACGUGGCCUCCAUGGCCCUGCAGAUCUUCGAACGCGGCCUCGCGGGCGAAGCAGAUCCCGUGGAUGCCUGUGAUGCUGCCUGUCUCAGCCUCUUCUCGGACGCAGACUCCGCGCCUGCGCUGCUCCUGGACACCUUGGCGAGGUCCAUUCCCAGCGCGGCCGCGGCGGUGAUCCUCUCGCGGGUUCUUUCUUCCUGGAAUGUGGAGGGCGACGCGGCGGCGACGAUCUUCGACGGCUUCGUGCGGAACCGCGCGGGUCUGCGGUCCUUUGUGGCGCUUUCGGAGCCGUCGGAGGAACUGAAAGAGGCCUCAACGCGGGCCGCCGACCUGGCGGUGCCGGAGCUUCGGGCGGCCUUCGCCUGGGCCGCCAAGCGAGCUCUGGGAGAUCUAGGCCUCUUGGGAGAGCUUGGCGAGAGCUACCAGUGCGAGAAGUUGCUUUUCCGCUUUCUUUUCAGGCCGACGGGAGGCCUUCCUGGCGUGCGCUUCCCGCUCAAGCUCCUCUCGCAACUGCCCCGCAAGGGUCCUGCCGUCGAGCUGGCCGCACAACGCGUGCUGGAGGAGCUGCGAAGAUCGGAUGGCGAUCGUUGGCUGAGAGCCCAGGAGGCUUGGAAUCUGGUGGCCUGGGACGAGCUGAGCGAUGCCAAGGUGGAGGCAGCCGCCGCCCUGCUGCGGGAAUGGCUGAUCGAUGGCGAGGGGAACCGCCACGAUGCUGCUGCCGUGGAACUGCUCAGAGCAUUGCCCCUGGCGCGCCUCGCCGAGCCCGAAGUGCUGCUUGCGCCACCCGCGCCUCGGUUCCCGCACAUGCUCUGGCUAUUCUCGGAUUGCAAAGAAGCCAAGAGAUUCAUUCACGCCUGGCGCACCUGGAGGCAGAGAAUCUGCAAUUGCGCCAAGAACUUGCCCGCUUUCGAAGCGGUCAGGUUGCUGUCCAUGCUGUCCAUAGUUGUACAAAUUGACUGGCCACUGUUGGUCAACAGUGUGUCCAUGAUGCACAGAAUUCCGCCAAAAGCUGCCCGGAUGCCACAGAAGACAGGCCUGGGCUCAAGUCCCAUGGCAUCCGCAGUUUGUUCAGCCCCUCCUUUCAUAUUCUCAGCCUCAUGGCUCUCGGUGGUUCUUCUGGCCCUCACCUUGGGACUGGGUCUCGGCGUUCGCCCAGAGAUCUUCGCCGAGCUCGGAGAUGACCGGACCUCCCAUCCUGCGCAGCCCACCGAGGCUCUGGAAAGCGUCGCCUCCGAGCCGGCGCCGGCCACGUUGGGCAGCCUUGCAGAGACCGGGCGUUCCGGAGAAUCCUGGAACUGUGUUGACGAGGGCAAUGAGGACUUAGACAGGGCUCUGGAGGCGCUUGGCAUCCUUGGGGAGGGCCCUGCUUGCUCCUGGCCCGGCAUCCACUGCCGCGAUGGUUGCGUGGUCGGCAUUGCACAAGAGGACGUGAAGCUGGGCCCCCAGAGCUUCCCGGCCGUGGGACGGUUGCGCGGCCUCCGCACCUUGAAGCUGCGUGGCCGAGGGGGGAAGAGGUGGUUUAGGGCUGCCGUUGCCAGCCUGGGCGACUUGGCGAACCUAACCAGCCUCGUGCAGCUCGACCUCGCCUCCCUCUCGGUUGUGGGAAACCUUUCGGAGUUGAGCCAUCUCUCGCAACUUCGGCAGCUGAACCUCUCUGACACAGAGGUCGAUGGACCCUUGGAAGCUUUAGAGAACGCAACCCUGCUGGAGGCCUUGAGUCUGAAGAACGCCAAAGGUGUUGAAGGCAAGCUCGCGGGAGUCUCGAAGCUGACCUCCUUGAAGAAGCUCGAGCUUGCAGGGACGCAGGUGAGAGGGGAUCUGGAGGCCUUGCAACACCUCAGACAUCUUCGUGACCUGGACCUCGACGCUACGGGGCUUCAAGGUGUCAUGGCCACCGCAUAUGCCCAGACGCGGCGAGGCAUCUAUGAUGGCGAUUUGUCCGUUUUCUCAAAGAUGCCUCAACUCCGGAACUUGCGGUUGCCUCUCCGUGGGCUCAAAGGUGAUAUCUCUGCCCUCAGCUCCGCGAACCUCGAGGUCCUCGAUCUGCACGACAGCCAGGUCACAGGGAAGCUGGGCGCCUUGCAAGGGAUGCGCUUCCUCCGUUUUCUGGACCUUGCGAAUAGCCACGUCUCGGGCAACCUGGACUUCCUUGCCAACAAGACCGGCUUGGAGUUCUUGGAUCUGGGACAAACACAGGUUUCGGGAAAACUACUGGCACUUCGGGGCCACAUUCGACUCCGCAUCUUGGGCUUGGGGCACAGCCAGGUCACCGGCGACCUCUCCUUGCUGGAGAAUCUCGAAGAAUUGAGAAAGGUGGCCUUGCAGUACACGCAAGUCUCCGGGGAGCUGGCUCCGUUUGAGAGCAUGGUGCAGCUCGAGGAGCUCAAGCUGCAGGAGACACAGGUCUCGGGCCCGCUGGCUCCCUUGCAAGGGCUCGCGAAGCUUAGGGUGCUGGAGCUCAGCGUGACGAAGGUCUCCGGCUCGUUGAGGCCCCUCAAAGAGCUGAAGCAACUCCAGCUUCUCAGCCUCCACGGGACCCAGCUGUCCGGUGACCUGACUCCAUUGCGUCAUCUCGAAGAUCUCGCGCGCUUGAGUCUCUACAGAACCGGGGUCUCGGGCGACCUGGCUCCCCUGGCAAACUUGACAAAACUCACACGCCUGUCCCUCCAUGAAACGCAAGUCAAGGGGGAGCUGGCUCCCUUGCGAGAUCUCCAAGAGCUGGAGUACUUGACGCUCCAUCAGACUGGGGUCUUCGGCACGCUUGCGGCGCUGGAGCAUCUUCAGAAACUUAAAGUUCUGGAUCUGCAUGAGACGGACCUCUCAGGGGACCUCAAUGUUCUGGGCUCGCUGCAAAAUCUCAACACCUUGGACCUCCGUGCUACAACUGUCGGUGGUGAUUUGUCGACCCUGAUCAAGCUCAUCAAGCUCAAUACUGCAUCCUUGUCCGGCACCCAUGUGAAAGGUUGGGUGUCCUCCGACUGGUUGGGCUGCUGCAAGAACCUGCACGAACUGGACCUCGCCGACAGCCGAGUGGGCCUUCGGCCGCUCACCACAGUCCAGGUCUCCACGGAGCCCAGGUUGCUGCCGGCCCUCAAACGAUUGAACGUCAGCGGCUGUCCUUUGAAUGCCACUGUGGAGGAUCUCUUGCUGCCCCUGGCAGCGACACCCUUGGAGAGCCUGGCCGCCGCGCGCAGCGGCCUCCGUGGCGAGGUACCGGACCUGUCGGCCUUGACGGUGAAGCUGGACGGCAGCUUGAAGGAAGGGUGGUCCAGCUACCUGGGAGAGACGCUGAGGACCCUCGACUUGGCCGACAACAACCUCAGCUCCAUCCGAAGCAUUCCGGCAGGCCUGAAGGAGCUCCAUCUCAGCAACAACAUGGGGCCGCUGGCCGUCCGUUCCGGCGUGCUCACCCACGCGGUGCUCAACAACACCGAGGUGAACCUGGAAAGCACGCGCCUCGCAAACCCAAAAGACCUCCACUCGGAGAUGCCCCAGCUCAACGAAAGUCUGAAGCUGCAGGACUCCAGGCACGCGGAGGGCUACACCUGCACCAACUUCGUGGUCCCUACCCUGCGCGUCACCCCGGAGCUCUUCUUGCCGGAGGACAUGUGCACCUGUCAGAAGGGCUAUUCUGGCCGGGGCGCCAGCUGCGAGGCCUGCGCCGCCAACUCCUUCGCAGACCGCAAGGGGCAGCUGGAGUGCGAGAUGUGUCCUCCUAACAGCACCUCCGCCAAAGGAUCCACAGCGCUGACGGCCUGCGAAUGCAGCUUUGGAAACCCGAGGGGAGAUCCUGGGAACCGGAGCUGUCGCUGCGAGAAGCACACGGCCCUGCUCGGGAGCCAGUGUGCCCCCUGUGGCAAGUUGCACCUCGUGUGCGAGGAGGAGGGCAGCGUCGCGCAGCUUGCCCAAGUGGAUCUCGGCCAUGCUCGCCUCCCCGGCUCCGAAAAGGUGUUCCGCUGCUUGGACGCCGAGCGCUGCACCCAUACGGGCUGUGCAGCUGGAUACUCCGGCCCUCUGUGCAUCCAGUGUGCGCCUGGCUACCGCUCUUCCGGACAUGAGUGUGGCGAAUGCCAAAGCCUGCGCCAGCAGUCGAUGUUCUUGGUCGGGGCGGCCUCGCUGGGAACCUUGGCGCUGGUGGCCGCCUGCGUGGCAGCAGGCGGCCUUCUGAGGAGCUAUGCCCCCAAGCCCGGCUUGGGCGUGGAGUGCGCGGCGCAGCUCCUCUUGUCGCAGGCGGCCGUGCUGCUGCAGCUGGCGCAGCUCUGGGCCGUGCUCGCGCGCCUGGUGAGCGCCAGCCAGGCGCAAGAAGUGGUGCAGGAAGUGCUUGCGGCCAACGUCACGGACGCGGACGCCCCUGCAGAGGAGGCCAACGUAGAUCGCGACCCGCUGCUGUCCUACGUUGAAGUCCUCCAGCUCACGGGCUCGGAGCUGCAAAGUUUCCUGGACCUCCAGUGCCGCUUCGAUGGGGCGACUGUGCGGGCUGCCUUCGCCCUCGCGACGCCCCUGCUUCCCCUCUUGGUGCUGGGCGCCUGUGCUUUGCUGGAGCUCUGGAGCCGUGGACGCGGGAUCCGCUUGGCCUUGCGAGCCCUGACGGUCCUCUUCGUGGGCGGCGCCUCCGGCGCCGUGCAGCUGCUGGGCUGCCAGCGCACCGACGGCGAAGGAACCCGGAUCCCAGACGACUUGGCCUUCCGGCCGCUCUUCCCGUGGCUUGGGUGUUCCAAGGACGCCGCCACGGCCAUCUGGGUGGACCGAAUCGGCUGGAGCACCGCCGCCAUCUACGGCGGAGCCGUGCCCUGCUUCCUGGCAUUCCUCUUCUUCAAGCAGCGCCGGGCCAUGCGGCAGUGCAAGACCUUCUUCGUCGUGAGCGCCGACAGCGAGCAUGGCAGCAUCCGCUUGGAGCUCACUCCUUGUGUAAAGACUGAGUGCUUCAAGGAGGGGCUGAUGGCCAGGCGCUUGCUGGCCGCCGCCGCGGCCCAGCUGGCCGUGCAGAGGCCCGGCAAAGCCCUGGUGCAGCUUCACCCCGACGCGGUGAUCGUGACCCCGCACGGCAGGGAUGGAGAGAAAGGUGGUGGAUUCUCAGCCGAGAGCCUCAUCAUGGAGAGCAAUGCGAUGGAAGACACGGUACUGGAUCGCAACUACAUGAUGCAAAUGCUCACGGAGCGCAGCAUCUUGGAGGAGAUCGACUCUGACCGAAUGCUGAUCGGUGCAAAGCAGCUGCUUUGCAAGUACGCCUACUGCGAUGGAGUGUGGAUGGAAGUUGCCUUGAAGCUCGCCUCCGCCUGCUUGGUGCCAGUGGUCUCCGCGAAAGACGGGCUCUGGCUGUCUGUGGCCAUCACCUUCGGCAUGGCCAUGAUCGUGGGCAGCGCGCGCCCUUUCGUGCAGCCCCAGGUGAAUACCCUCCAGAGCUUCAGCUUCUGUUGCCUCACGCUGGCCGCGGUGGGCUUUGCCCACCGAUGUGUCCUCCUGACUCGCCUGGCACUCCUGGCACCCGUCAUGCUGACGGCCACGCAGCUCCUGCGCCCGGACUCGCGGGAAGCCUUGGCACUGCGGCUGCAGCAGGAGUUGGGGAAGCAGGUCGCAGCCUUGCGGCGUGGUGAAAGCGUGGAAGUCUCCGCAGAAGAAGUGCGGCUCCUAUGA